CCUCGAUAAAAAAAAGGAAAAAGAAUAGGAAAGGAAAACUAGCAAAACCCCACUCGUCCCAUCCUCCUCCCGCAACCGGCAAUCACCAUUCCCAUCCCCAUCCCUCCGGCGGCGGCGAAGAUGAUCAUCCCAGUGCGCUGCUUCACCUGCGGCAAGGUGAUCGGGAACAAGUGGGACCUGUACCUCGACCUCCUCCAGGCAGACUACACCGAGGGGGAUGCUCUGGAUGCUUUGAACUUAGUCCGUUACUGCUGUAGGCGUAUGCUGAUGACCCAUGUCGACCUCAUUGAGAAGCUCCUCAACUACAACACGCUGGAGAAGACCGAGACCACCAGUUAAACGAACCUAGCAUGUUGGAUCACUGGGUCCUCUCACUUUGUACCCUUCAGUGGAGUGUUAUGCUGUGUUCCGCCAUUCAAAACUGUGUCUUCUGAUGAAUGUAUUUGGAAGGACUUCAUCACUUCCAAUUUAACUAGGGAUCUUCCUAUUGUACUUCUGCUACGUAACCAUUUACGGACACCUUGACACUGGAAGAGACUUGGGAGUACUAAUUGACAUGCAUCUGCUUUUAUA